CUUAGUGGCAUACUUGACGCCUCCUAUAAAAGGAGAUGACCAUAAAGCUCAUUACAACCAAAAUGUCACCCAUCGUAGCAGUUCUUUUGCUGGGAGCAGCUUUGUCUGCCGGGACUCAAGCUUCGCCGGCUGCACUGAACGAGGCCAGGGCAGCUGAAAAUGUAAGAUUUCUGCUGUUCACAAAACAAAACCCAUCUUCAGCGACGGUCGUGACAACAGGCGUGGCCUCGUCUCUGGGACACUUCAACGCCAAUCACGAAACUAAGUUCAUCAUUCAUGGCUUCCUUUCCGAUGAGAACAGUAUGAACGAUGUGAAAAAUGGCUUCCUGCGAGCGGGCAAGGACUUCAACCUGAUCGUGGUGGACUGGUCCGUGUCGGCCAACAGCCUGACCGCCCAGGCGUCCACGCCGGCAGUCGGCACGGCCGUGGCCGAGUUCAUCAAGUUCCUGGUGACCAAGGGGCUGCGCACCUCCGCCACGGAGCUGGUGGGCUUCAGCCUGGGAGCGCACGUGGCCGGCAUCGCCGCCAACCGCUACAAGGGCGGGCGCAUCGCCCGCAUCACCGGUCUUGACCCGGUCGGUCGUCGGUUCGAGAACGUGGCGCUGGAGAACAGGCUGGACUCCAGCGACGCAGAGUUCGUGCAGAUCAUCCACACCAACGGCAACUUCAUCGGCUGGCCGACGGCCCUGGGGCACGUCGACUUCUUCCCCAACGACGGCAACAAGCAGUACGGCUGCGGCAUCGACGCUACAGGUGUGUGCAGCCACAUGCGCGCCGUGGCCUUCUACGCCGAGUCCACCCACACUGCGACCGGCUUCUACGGCACCAAGUGCACCAGCUGGACAAACUACGUGGACGGACACUGCAAGGGCGGCCAGAGCGAGAUCAUGGGCGCCUACACCCCCUCCAGUGCCCGAGGUUCCUACUAUCUGUGGACGAAGAACAGCUCACCUUACGCUUUGGGGAAGCAGAAUUGACUCUUUAGAGUUUAAAAAUUUUCCAGGUCCAAGCGGAAAUAAUUUUACCGAAUUUAAUAAAAAAAACUGUAACGGAUCAUUGAAAAUAAAUAAACUGUGUUGAAGAAUUUUA